UCACCUUCAUUCUUUAGUGCCACUGCUGGAGCAUGUUACUGGGAGCCACCAUGGAGCGUUGUCGCCGUCAUGUAGUACAGCGUUAAGGCGGCGUUAAUUGUCGUCGAGUGGGGCUUUGGCGUGGGGGGUUACAGGAGUCGCCGUCGUCGAGCCAUGGCCGCGCGGGAGGAAGGAGAGGCUGCGCACGGCAAAGCGAGGCACCACGACGGAGGCGCGAGUGUAAACAACUCGGAGGGCUUCAGGAACGGCUAUGUGAAGAGCUGCGUCACCCCCCUCAAACAGGACCACCACAGGGGCUUUUUGUUCAAUGUGUGCAGGUUUUGCAGCGAAGACUUUCUGGAGUCCAAACUUGUCAAGGUUUCUGCUAUACAUGUCGGCGCCGUUGUCGUUUUGGCGCUUUCUUUGCUCCUGUCCCGGAGCUCUCAAAGUGACGUGCGUUGGGAUUUGCGGACUGUGGUGUCGGGGUUCUCCCAGUCCGCCAGUCCGCUCUUCAGCAUCGGCUGUGCCUUCUUCUUCCUGACCUUCUACCUGCGGAGGAGAAAGAAGGAGGGCAGGCAGUGGUGGCUUCUGUCACUGCCAGCAUCGUGCUACCUCGGGGACUUUGUGGUGCUGCGCUUCUUGCAAUGGGGAGAGGAGCAGCACCAGAUGCAAAUGGUGGGCAGGUUGUUGUUCGUAUUGGGAUGCGUGGGUCUGCUCACGCUAGUCCCCACGCUGAAGCUCAAACACAGCGUGCUCGUACUGCUCUUUGCCAGCCUGGUGUGGCUGCUCUCCUUCACCAGUUUAGGCGGGCUACCUGAGCUUCUCAGACCGCUGAUCGCCUGCGUGGCCGGGCUCUGUGGCUCAUUGCUGGGGCUCUGCUUCGACCGCUGCUACCCGCUGAGGGACGCUCCGAGCGGGGGCUCAGGCUCAGAGGAGAAGGUCCCGGUGAUCAGAGCCAGGAGACGGUCCAGUUGUGUUUCCCUGGGAGAAACAUCGAGCAGCUAUUAUGGCAGCUGUAAAAUGCCCCGGAGACCGUCGUUACCCUGCAUAUCAAGAGAGCAGAUGAUCCUGUGGGACUGGGAUCUGAAACACUGGUACAAACCACAGUAUCAGGGUGCAGUGAGCGGCAAUGGCGUUGACCUGUCAGUCAUCAACGAGGCCAGGAACCUGCUUUCCGAGCUGCUGAUGGACUCGUCUUUGUCGCCUCACACCAUCUCCACAUUGAACAGUGUCUCCAGCCUCAUGGGCACGUUCUCAGGCUCGUGUCGCCCCCGGGUGAACCCUUUUACGCCUUUCCCUGGAUUCUACCCCUGUGAUGAGGUGAAUGACCCUGUGGAGAGAAACGAGCGGAAAACCUUUAAGGGUCUGAGUAGCAGAAACAGCCUCCCUACUCCUCAGCCCAGGCGGAGUUCCACCUCCUCUUCUGUGCUGUCUCCUCUUGACUCACUUUCAUCACGGUGGGAACGCAACAAUGGCAAGAGACCCCAACCUGACCUUAACAUGGCUAGCUCAGGUCUGUCCAAUGGGCCAAAUGCAAACCUGCUCACCAUUCCCAAGCAGAGGUCUUCUUCUGUCACCCUCACGUACCAUGCAGGGUCCAGGAGAGCAGGUACAUCUCCGAGCCUGAGUCCCGUCACCUCUCCCAGCCACAGUCCUCCAAGUGUAGCCACAGGUUCUUCAUCGUCCCUAUUCACCCGAUCACCUGUGGAGUUCCCUGACACAGCGGACUUCCUGACAAAGCCCAGUGUCAAUCUGAACCUGCACAAGCCUUUGGGCUACUCACUCAGCUCAUGCGACUUCCAGCAGGCAUUCCGCAGCUCUACUUUACCUCUUUGCACCAGCUGUGGGCGUCAGAUGUCAAAGGGAGUUUCCAGUGGGGAUUCGAUAGAAAUCCAUCAGUCACUCCUCAGCGAGGCCCAACGCACGCGCUCAGGUGAAGGACCAGAUUUCCAAGCAGAGCCUUUAAUCAGGGAAGAGAGCGUGGAGGUGGACUUGCCUGAAGAGUCCAACACCACAGGAGAUCAGGGUCAGACAGAGAAGGAGGAAAACCCGAGCACAAAGCAACAGACUCAGGAAUUAGGGGGUGAUCAGGAAUUCAGGCUAGACACAAUGCUGGAAGACCAUGAAGCCCUCAUGGAGAGGUUGAACACCUGGAACUUCCAGAUCUUUGACCUGGUGGACAAAACAGGAGGAAAGACGGGAAGAAUACUCAGCUAUGUCACUUACACCCUUUUCCAGGAUACGUGUCUGUUUGAAAUAUUCAAGAUCCCUGUGAGGGAGUUCAUGACAUACUUCUUUGCUCUGGAAAAUGGAUACAGGGACAUUCCCUAUCAUAACCGGGUCCAUGCUACUGAUGUGCUCCAUGCUGUCUGGUACCUGACCACUCGACCAAUCCCUGGGUUCCAGCAGAUUCACAAUGAGCAUGUGACAGGAAGUGAUACAGACUCAGACAGUGGGAUCUCUCCUGGCAGGAUAUCAUACGCGUCCUCCAAAAGCUCCUCAAUAUCAGAUGACAGCUAUGGCUGCCUGGCCUGGAACAUCCCCGCUCUGGAGCUCAUGGCCCUUUAUGUAGCAGCUGCAAUGCACGACUACGACCACCCUGGUCGCACUAAUGCCUUUUUAGUUGCCACUAAUGCACCUCAGGCGGUGUUGUACAAUGACCGUUCCGUGUUGGAGAACCACCACGCUGCAUCCGCCUGGAGCCUCUACUUGUCCCGGCCGGAGUUUAACUUCCUGGUCAACCUGGAUCAUGUGGAGUUUAAACGUUUUCGCUUCCUUGUCAUUGAGGCUAUUCUAGCCACAGACCUCAAGAAGCACUUUGACUUCCUGGCUGAGUUCAAUGCCAAGGUCAACGAUGUGAACAGUCCAGGAAUUGACUGGACAAAUGAGAAUGACAGACUGCUGGUGUGCCAAGUGUGUAUCAAACUGGCAGACAUCAAUGGACCGGCCAAAGUCCACGAUCUGCACCUGAAGUGGACUGAAGGAAUUGUUAAUGAGUUUUAUGAGCAGGGUGAUGAAGAAGCGAGGCUGGGAUUACCCAUCAGCCCCUUCAUGGACCGCUCCUCCCCGCAGUUGGCCAAGCUGCAGGAGUCUUUUAUCACACACAUAGUAGGACCACUCUGUAACUCCUAUGAUGCUGCAGGUUUACUUCCUGGCCAUUGGGUCAAUGGAGACGGAUCAGAUGAAGAUGACGAGGGGCGGGUUGACUCUGACACCGAUGAUGAUGAUGAGGAAGAGGAUGAUGAACUGGAGGAAGAUCUGCGGCCAAAAAGGAGUAAGAACCACCGGCAGUUAUUUUGCAGCAUCAUGCAGCACCUGACGGAGAACCACAAAGUGUGGAAGAAGAUCAUUGCGGAAGAGGAAAAAGGCAAAGAUGACGGCAAACAGCAGCCUGACAGCCUGCCCACGUCACCGUCGGAUGACAUCCAGGUCAUCCAGGAGGAGGAGGAAGGGGAGUAGCAUCAGUCACAGUGUGACUAAAGAAAUGAACACAUGCGUGGCGAGGAAGAAGUCCUUCACCCAACAGCCUUUCGCACAUCACACACACACACACGCACACAUGCAGACAUGACAGAGACAAAUGCACAUACUUCCCACACACUUUCACACAUUGAACACUGUGCAGACACUUGGAUGCUCAAAAAACGGCCUUACCACUGUGAGCGCUGCAACAGUGGGAGCCCAACUCCUAUGCACUUUGACCCCCGUGGAGAAUCCCAGAGCAGCUCCAAGAAAAAGAAGAACCAAGAGUGAGGUCCAUGGUGCAGGAAAAGAGCAUCGGAAUGACCUCGGCUGCAAUGCUGCCUUGAAUGCAAAGCGCUUACACCUCCUUUAGGUACAAAACAAGUCCUAUUAAAAAAGAAAAAAUAGAGGCUAGAGGAUGAGGAACCAAGCAAGCAAUGCGAUUGACCCCCUUUACCAAAGUCAACUGCUCAAAGGUGGAAAACCAAUCUGAGACCCUUUGUAGCCUCAGUUUAGGGUUUGUAUUUUAUUAUUUAAUGAAUAUACAUGUAUAUAUUCCAGAUCAAAGUGUUAAGACCAGACCAGUUGAAAAUUUGUAAGAAUAUAACAUUUACACUGUUGGAUCUUAAAGAGGUUCUAAGUUGAGCUUCAAAGUGUAAACACAAGAAACGGGACUGAGACCAAAAAAUGUUUGAGGAAGCAAUUUAUUGCAAACAACCACUAAACUCAAAUAAGCUGAUCCAAAGUUUAACACCACACCCUUUAAAAGCCCAAAUCUUGGCAAAAUGAUUCAGUAUCAUUCUCUGUCAGGUAUUCACACAGUCAUGAUCUCUUGAUGGUAAAGGCAAAAAAAGCUUUCUCUCUUCCAACAGUACAAAAUGUAAAUCCUUGCCAUUUUUCAACUCGUCUUAAAAUUGUGGUCCGGAAGUGUAUGCAGUAUACAUACACAUACUAUAUCAGAUGUGCCUGUCUGAACCUUUACUGAGUCCAUAUUGGCCCAGAGCCUUGGCUUGUGUAGUUCUCUCCUUGAUGGUGACACGAAACACUGUAUCCCACUCAGUCACAGAGACAUUGUUGAAAUGUUGACUGAGGAUUAGGAUUAUAUCUGCAUCCUUUUGGAUGCUCUUACUCAUGUGUGCCACCCACUUUUUGUUUGCUUGGCUUCAAUUUGUUUGGAAUGUGAGUGAAUAUGAAACUUUUCUUUUAGAAAAAAUAUGAUGGAGAGAUAAGUCGGGAGAGAGAGAAAGAGAGAGAGAGAGAGCACAUUUUAAUUUUUUUAGUACUUAAUUUGUGUGUAUGCUCGUGUGUCCUUUCAGUAGUGUCCUCCUUUUUUGUAGCAAUCACAGCAGGAAUGCUGAAUUUUCAUUUCCUGUCAUUCUUUUUUAAAAGGUUACUCAGGAUUCAUGCUAAGCUGAUUGCUUUGCAAGAAUUUAUGUCAUUAAUAUUGAAUAGACUUUUUUAAAAAGUGAGGAAAAUCAUACAUGUGGGCGACUGACUGACAUAGUUUGUUGUAAUGUCUCCAUGAACAAGUGGACUACUAAUUGAAGCAAUUGAAAUCCUCUACAAUGUGGGAGGAGCUUACUUUAUCCACUCAUACACUGUGCAUAACCUCUUUAAACCACCUCACUGCAGAAACACUUAUCUGACAGACUGCAGCCACGUUUUACAAAUUCUCCAGCAUGUUGUGAGGUAACAUUUGUCAUUCCAUUUCGAUGUGUCAUCUCUUUUACUUGUCUAUUUGGUGGCCAGUUUGAAGAAGGGACCCAUCUGCAGUCGUAUGAAAGAGUUUGGGCACCCCUGAUUAUUUUCAAGAUUUUCCUUUAUAAAUCACCGGUUGUUGGGAUCAGCCAUUCCAGUUUAAUAUAUCAUAUAGCAGACAAACACAGUGAUAGAUGAGAAGUGAAAGGAAGUUUAUAGGAUUUACAGAAAGUGUGCAAUAAUUAUUUAAACAAAAGUAGACAGGUGCAUAAAUUUGGGCACCCCAACAAAAAAAUGACAAUAUUUAGUAGAUCCUCCUUUUGCAGAAAUUAAUUUUUCUAGUUUCCAAUGAGGUUUUAUGUAUUUUUGACCAAUCUUCUUUCCAAAACAUCUCCAGUUGAGUCAGAUUUUUCUCGGCCUUCACUAGAACUGGUCUUCCAUUUCCUCACUAUCUUCCUCAGAGUGGAACCUGACAGCUGAAAUCUCUAAGCUAGCUUUUGUAUCCUUCCCCUAAACCAUGAUUUUGAACAAUCUUGGCUCUGUGGUCAUUGGACAGUUAUUUUGAGGCUACCAUGAUGCUACUCUUUAGAGAAGAUGCAAUUGGCCACCUUAAAUACCCUUUCUAAUGAUUGGCUUCACUUGUAUGCAGGUCAAGGGUCAGUGAGCUUACCAAACAAAUCAUGGAUCCCAAUAAUUAGUGUUAAAGGUAAUCAAAUCAAUUAAACCACAAGGGUGCCCAUUUUUAGGCACCUGCCUACUUUAGUUUAAAUAAUUAUUGCACACUCUAUAAAUCCUAUAAACUUCAUUUCACUUCUCGUACAUAAACUGCUGGUCCCAAAAACCAGUGAUUAAUAAAGGACAGUCAUAAAAAUUAUCGGGGGUGCCUAAACUUUUUCAUACCACUGUAUGUCAGCAUUUUAUUUUAUGAAAGGGAAGGAUACAUUUUUUUCUCUCACUUUAUAUAUCAAUAUCUGGAAAAAGUCAAAUUGAGCUGGUAAUAUUUAUAAAGAGGAAAAAUACAGUUGUCCUCAUUUUAAUACCAGACAAGUGUUCAGCACUGUACAAAAAAAGAGUAUGUGCAUAAUAUAUAUUUUUGAAUAAUCAAUUGAAUGCAUCCAUUUUCUACACACAUUGAGAUUCUGUCAUUGGUUUUUAUCUACAGUAUUUUCAUUGAUGUGUGGUAAUGUGGCAUGUUUUUCUUUCCUUUUCAUUGGUUGUCAAUCUACACUGCAAAACCUGAAAUCUAAGCACGAUUGAAAAAAGAGAUUAAAAAAUAUAUAUUUUCUAAAAGGUUGAUUUAAAACAAAUAUUUUUACAAUGUUAUAGCAUUUUGUUAUAUUUACUAUCUAUAUUUACUAAAUCAGAAAUAUAUUAUUUAAUACAGCCAUCCAUGGUUUAUCAUGGUUAAUUGUUUCCAGACUCGACCAUAAUAAGUGAAUAUCCACAAAGUAGGAUUCCUUAUUAUAUUAUGUUUUGAGUGUUAUAGCAUAGAAAACCUGUUUAUGACCUUCCUAAAUAUGGUUAUUGACAUUGUUACAGCCCUAUAGACAUGAAGUAACACCCUUAUAGUCACCUUUGUAGUGGAAAAUAAGAUAUAAUAUAGACCAUGGGUGGGCAAACUACGGCCCGGGGGCUACAUGUGGCCUGCCAAGCAUUUGAGUCUGGUCCACCAGUUGGUUCUAAAGUAUUACAUUUAAAUUUUAACAUACAGAUAUAGCAAGUGGUCUUUUUGAAGGUUUAAGACGCUUUUCACAUGAAGCAAUCCAGACGACCUCACAUAUGGUGCCAAAUAAACACAAGUCAACAAAUAUGUGACACACAAUUAAAUCUUCCCACUGGACUGUCUGGGAUGUAAAUACGUAGGGACAUUAGCAUACAUACAACAUAAUAGUCAAUGUUAUAUCCUUCCUAGUUUUCCAAUUUUGCUAUUUGAUGUGGUAUGGCGGUUAAGGUCCUAGGAUGGUUAAUAGCAGAUUGUAUGACACUUAUACAGAUAUUCUGGUCUGCUGAGAAUCGGACUGAAUCGAACCCGAAUCGUUGCUCUCAACAAAACUCAUUAUGGACCUACUGGGGCUCUAUCAUUUGUCUCCAGAAACAGCAGGAUGCUAGAAGUUAUAAUAAGACAAAUAAUUCCAGAUGGACAUUUAGAAAACUAGUGUACAUGUAUCAUAUAUAUAGUCUGGACAAUUUUGUUAACUUAAUGUGUGAAAAAGUUUGCCCACUGCUGAUAAAGACUCACACAUGUUAGCAUUGGGCGAGUGUAUUGUCCUUUUUCACUUCCAUUUCUUUCCCAGUACUUCCUGCGGUAGCUACUUUCUCAUCAAUGUAACAUUACUGACCAUUACAACCAGUGUAGAAUACUACAUAUGAACGUGUCUUUUAAUGCCCCUUCUGAAUGCCUUAUACAUAUAUAUAUUUAUAUACUGGAUGAAUUUAGUUCAUUUUGCCAUUUUCACACUUGGAAAUGCUUAAUUUAGGCAAAAAAUGCUAGGCAAAUCAUUUGCUUAAAUAUGCAUAUUAUUGACAAAUAAGCAGUGUUCAUCCACAAAACAGUGAUGAUGUAUUCAUACAUUUUGAAAAAAACUGUCAUAGAGCUGCAAAAUUUGAAAUAAUCUGCCAAUAGAACAAAAUCAUUUGACUUUGCAACAUGUGGAAGUCACAUUUUUUUGUUUUGCUAUGCUUAAGAAAAUUGCUUAAACGUAAUAAGAAUAUAUAUAUUUUUGUAUUGUUUUUGAAUUCCGACAUGUUAUGUUUGGCAGCAGAGUGAAUUAGUGGUUAGCACAGCUGCCUCACAGUCAGGAGAGCCAGGUUUGAUUCUCAGGUUCUUUGUGUGGAGUUUGCAUGUUACCUGUAUGGGUUUAACUCCAGCUUUAUCCUGCAUCUCCAUAACAUGCAUGUUAGGUCAAUUGAAGACUGCAUAGGUGUGUGGAUGGUUAUUUUUCUAUAUAUAUAUAUCUGUGAUUGACAGUUGACCAGUCCAGGGUCUACCCCAUCCAUCGCCGACACUCAGCUGGGAUAGGCUCCAGCACACAUGGGACCCUAAUGAGGCCAAGAUGGAUGGAUAUUUAAUCUUGCUUAGAUUUCAUUUUUUGCAGUGUACCAGUAUUGCAUUCUAUUUCAUCGCCUCUCCUUCACUGUGUGGACCCAACUAGUGCCAAACUUGACCUACAGCACGUACAGUCUGCUGACAUGUGACAUGAAGGGUCCGGUAUUGUAUGUCAAAGAAGCAGAAACAGUAGCAGAAGUCAGACUGGACUCAGGUUAGAGCCAUAUUGAUUUUCUACCAUGGAUCCAUCAGAAGUUAGUAUUCUGUUCAAUGGUGUCUGAUGCUAACUGUGUAGUCCUUCAAACCACAAUGUCCACCUUUGAUGCUUGCUCAAUGAUGUUCUGUGGCAUCAGUAAACGUGCGUUUAUCCAAUGUAAUCAUUCAUCCUUAUCUACACUGUGGGCCAACUGUUUUUUUUUUGGUUGUUAUUUAUAGCUGUCAUAAAGCACCAUCCUUAAAAGGAAA